CACUUCAAAAAACACUUUGUAAAUAGAAUAGAUGGCAGGUUGUUCAACCUGAAUACGAAGAAUGAAAAUAUAAUAUUAAGGCGACUUUGUCGACCGGAGAUUUGGAAGCAGUUUGGUUUCUCUCAUAUAGAACCAGAAACAACCUCAAAACAAAGACAAUUUAAUAAACAAUAUUGUCUUUACGCUUCUGGUUAUCAGUGUUCACCACCAUUAAUAACAGGCGACCAUGUUAACCAACCGUUUGGGUCAUUAUUACAACUUACGUUCAUGCUAAACUGGAUUACUGACGUCACACACGUAACAUUGUUGCGUCAGAGACUCACAAAUAAACGAUGGAACAUAUUAUCUCUGGAAAUAGCAGCAAUUGAUCUAGCGUUUCGCAGUUUAAUGAAAAACCUGUUGCUUCAACGGUAUCCACUAGUGUUUUCUUCCGGAUAUCGUGAUAAGCUGCAAUACAUAACACAGUGUAUUCCUGUUAUUUCAAAAUCUUUAAUGCGUAUUAUUCGAAACAGUAAAAACGAGCAUUUUCGAUCAAAAGCGAUUGAAUUUGCCCAGCGAACACGCACUCAUACUAAUUUAUCAUUUAUGCCAAACGGUCGUACAAAAUACGAUGCAGAUUCAACAUCAGAACAAAUGAGAAAACUUUUCUCAAAUGGAUUGUAUUCAAUUGCAAGAGACAUCAAAGUAAAUAUGUCAACAUUUCAAGAGGUUAAAGAUGUACAAACGACUGACGAUAGUGGUGAUAUUGACUUGUUUGUCAGUGAGAUUAUUUCGGAUGUUGAAUCACUAUUUGGCACUAGUGACGAAGAUAAUCAAGAUUUUGGUGAGACUGUAUUCGAGGAACCCUCUAGCUCUGACGAUGAUGACUUUUUGCUGGAAGAUCUAUAUUACCUCGAUAACAAAGGCAGCUUGAAUUUCAGGGAUACAUUUGACCCAUAUGAAAAUGCUGAUUUCUCAAACUCUAAAGUCAUUGAUGUUAAAGAUGCUUGUGUGGUCCCAAGCGAUGAUGAUGCAGAAUUACUAAAUUUCGAUGAAUUUGAAGAAGAUAAAUAUUUUUUUGUGAAUACAAAAGACUCUCUGGAGUUGUUGCAUACUUCUGAAUUUUGCGUUACGAACAAUAAAAUUGCAUCAACUUCGCAAAUACAGUGUACAAAUCUUCAUUGGUUUUCGAAUGAACAGUAUAGUAAUUCUGAAGAUGCAUUUUUUGACAUCAUGUUUGAAGAAUGA